GCUCUCCUUUUUCCGUCCUCCAUUGCUUUCUCCGGUGCAAUGGCAUCUGGCCUGACGAGGCUGCUGCUGCGAGGUCCCCGUUGCCUCCUGGCAACGGCCGGCCCCACUCUCGCCCCGCCGGUUCGGGGAGUGAAGAAGGGAUUCCGCGCCGCUUUCCGGUUCCAGAAGGAGUUAGAGCGGUGGCGCCUGCUCCGGUGCCCGCCGCCGCCUGUGCGCCGUUCGGAGAAGCCCAACUGGGAUUACCAUGCUGAAAUACAAGCAUUUGGCCCUCGGUUACAGGAAACUUUUUCAUUAGAUCUUCUCAAAACUGCAUUUGUUAAUAGCUGCUAUAUUAAGAGUGAGGAGGCCAAACGCCAAAAACUUGGAAUAGAGAAGGAAGCUGUUCUUCUGAACCUCAAAGAUAAUCAAGAACUAUCUGAACAAGGGACAUCUUUUUCACAGACAUGCCUCACGCAAUUUUUUGAGGACGCGUUCCCAGACUUGCCCACUGAAGGAGUUAAAAGUCUGGUUGACUAUCUCACCGGUGAGGAAGUUGUGUGUCACGUAGCUAGGAACUUGGCAGUGGAGCAGUUGACGUUGAGUGCCGACUUCCCUGUCCCCCCAGCUGUGUUACGGCAGACUUUCUUUGCAGUGAUUGGAGCCCUGCUACAGAGCAGCGGACCCAAGAGGACUGCACUCUUCAUCAGGGACUUCUUAAUUACUCAAAUGACAGGAAAAGAACUCUUUGAGAUUUGGAAGAUAAUAAAUCCCAUGGGGCUACUGGUACAAGAACUGAAGAAAAGGAAUAUUUCAGCUCCUGAAUCUAGACUCACUAGGCAGUCUGGAAGCACCACAGCUUUGCCUGUGUAUUUUGUUGGCUUAUACUGUGAUAAAAAGCUGAUUGCAGAAGGCCCUGGGGAGACAGUACUAGUCGCAGAAGAAGAAGCUGCUCGAGUGGCACUUAGGAAACUCUACGGGUUCACUGAGAAUCGCCAGCCCUGGGACUACUCUAGGCCCAAAGAGCCUGUGAGAGCAGAAAAGACCAUUGCCGCCAGCUAGCCAGCCAGAGACGUGCAGCCUGAAACUUGUGAGCAAAACAGCGAGACUAACGAACGUCAAAAGAUGAUCCAACCUGGACAUUUUUUAAAUUGUAAAGAAAUAUGUCUUAUUCCUCAUACUGAGUUCCUAAAAUUCAACAAAUGUUUAGCAGGCCACUUCUUUUAUUUUCUUUUUAGUCAUUUUUGUUCUGUCAAAAAUCUUUUGAUCUUUUGGUAUUUUCCUGAUAAAUUUUAACUCAAACUCUUGAUCUUAUUAUUGUAUUUAAAUUGUACAGUUAGGCGUAUUUUAUUCCCUUCUGACUUUGAGGUAUCAUAAUUUGAAUGUAUGUUUUACAUGAUGUUUGCUGUAAAGCCAAUUAAAAAAAGUUAUUCUUCAUGUA